GUGUGUAUAUUACACACCAAAUAUUGUUAUACACAAAUUAUAAACAAAAACAAAAAACAUGACCUAUCUAAUAAUAAAUAAUUCUUUAAAAUACCAAAUAAAAAGGGUCAAUAAUUUAAUCAAUAAUGUCAUCAUCAGGCAUGCCUCAAGUAGUUUAAAUUUAUGGGAUAAAUUUAUUGACAAUGAUGUACGUCAUAAAAUUGAAGAAAGUUGGAAAGAAAAAAUUUUAAAAAGACCAAAACAAAAUGAAAAUAAUGAAAAAUAUUAUGUAUUAUCAAUGUUUCCAUAUCCAUCAGGAUCACUUCACAUGGGACAUGUACGAGUUUAUGCAAUUAGUGAUGCAAUAUCAAGAUUUCAUAGAAUGAAUGGUAAAAAUGUCAUUCAUCCAAUGGGCUGGGAUGCAUUUGGUUUACCAGCUGAAAAUGCUGCAAUUGAAAGAAACAUUGAUCCAUCAGAAUGGACUCAAAAAAAUAUAACAAAUAUGAAAGAACAAUUGAAACGUAUGGGUUGUGAUUUUGAUUGGCAACGUGAAUUAACAACAUGUGAUAAAAAUUACUACAAAUGGACACAAGAAUUAUUUUUAAAAUUAUAUAAAAAAAAUUUAACAUAUCAAAAUGAGUCUUAUGUAAAUUGGGAUCCAAUUGAUAAAACUGUACUUGCUGAUGAACAAGUUGAUACAAAUGGUAGAUCAUGGAGAUCAGGUGCUAAAGUUGAAAAAAAAUUAUUAAAACAAUGGUUUAUUAAAACAACAUUAUAUGCAAAAUCAUUGUAUGAUGGUCUUGAUGAUCCAAUAUUAAAAAAUUGGCGUGAUAUUAUUAAAAUACAAAAAAAUUGGAUUGGUAAAUGUGAUGGUACCACAAUUGAUUUUGAAUUAAUAUGUGAUAUUAAUGAAAAACCAAAAAAACUAACACUAUGGACAGAUAAACCAGAAUUUAUUGAACAUAUUAAAUUUCUUGCUGUAUCACGUGAUAAUUUUUUAUCAAAAGUUAAAAUUAAUGAUUUUACAAAUAUACAAGAAAAAUAUUUAGAUGCAAAUGUUAUUAAUCCAUUUACUGGUGAUGUUAUACCAAUUUAUUAUUCAAAAAAUAUUAAAUAUCCAAAAAUGAGAGAUAAUUAUUUGGGUAUACCUGGUGUUAAUGAGAGUGAUGCUGAAUUUUGUGAUUUAGUUGGUAUUAAAUAUGACAAGCUGGAUGAGUUAACACAAGAAGAAACAGUUAAACAACGUCAUGAAGUUAUGGAAGAAGCUAAAAUGAAAAAUAUUGGUGGUCAUUUAGUUAGUUCAAGGCUACGUGAUUGGUUAAUAUCAAGACAAAGAUACUGGGGUACACCAAUACCAAUAAUACAUUGUGAUAAUUGUGGUGCUGUACCAGUACCAAGUGAUCAAUUACCAGUUGAAUUACCAGUAAUGUCAUCGUCAAAUAAUAAAAUACCAAAUUUACGUGAAGCAACUGAUUGGCUUAAAACAAAAUGUCCUGAAUGUGGUAAUGAUGCUACAAGAGAAGCUGAUACAAUGGAUACAUUUGUUGAUAGUUCAUGGUAUUUUAUGCGUUAUAUUGAUUCAAAUAAUGACAAUGAAAUGUUUUCAGUUGAUAAAUCAUUUAAAUAUUUACCAGUUGAUCUUUAUAUUGGUGGUAAAGAACAUGCAGCAUUACAUUUAUAUUAUGCUAGAUUUAUUAAUCAUUUUUUACAUUCAGAAAAUUUAUUACCAACACGUGAACCAUUUAGACAAUUGCUUGUUCAAGGUAUGGUUAUGGGAAAAUCAUAUUGUGAUAAAGAAAGUGGUAAAUAUCUUAAACAAGAUGAAGUUGAAUUAACAGAUGAUAAUAAAUAUGUUAAUAAAAAUACUGGUAUGCCAGUAUUAACAAAUUGGGAAAAAAUGUCGAAAUCGAAAUAUAAUGGUGUUGAUCCAAUGGAAAUGUUUGAUGAAUAUGGUGCUGAUACAACUAGAUUAAUUAUGUUGGCUGAUGUUGCACCAACAUCAAGUAGAAAUUGGUCAAAUGAAACAUUUCCUGGAGUAUUUAAUUGGCAAAAUCGUUUAUGGAUGACUAUUGGUACAUUUUUAACAUUGAGAAAUAAAAUGACUAAACAAGAUAUUGAUAAUAUAUCAUUGAGGCAAGAUGAAUUGAAGGAAGAUAAUGAAUAUUUAUUUGAAAGUAGAAAUUAUUAUAUAAAGGGGGUAACAUCACACUUGACAAUGUCACAACAAUUUAAUGCAGCAAUAUCAAAAAUGCAAGGCUUUACAAAUGCAAUUAGAAGAAAAAAUAAAUUAUUACUAACACAUAGUCGUGAUUUAGAAAGAGCAUUAGCAACACAAAUAAUUAUGUUAGCUCCAAUAGCACCACAAUUUGCAUCAGAAUUAUGGGCUGGUUUUUGUUCAGCACCUUAUCAUCUUGCUAAUGAUGAUCCCUUUAUUCAACUUGAUAAAGAUGUACUUGAACAAUCAUGGCCAGCACUUGAUAUGGAUUAUAAAAUGAAUGUCGAUAUAAUGAUAAGUGGUAAUCAAAUUGCAACGUUAAAAAUACCAAGGAAAAUAUUGGAGACAUUGAGUGCUGAUGAUGUUGCUAAAAUGGCAACAGAAACACCAGAAUUUUGUGAUAAAAUUAAAAACAGAACUAUUGAUGGUUUUCGUUAUGAAAAAUUACCAGGUUUUGAUGGAAAAAUAUUUUUUCAAUCAACUGAUUUAAAUGCUAAAAAGAAAAAAGCUGUUUUGUAAAUUUUUUUUUUUAUAAUUUUUUUUGUAAAUAUAUUUGUUAAUUAUAAUAAAUAAUGAAAAAAAAAAUUUAUAUAUAUGACCUAUUUUUUUAUUUAAUUAUUGAACAAUAUUAAAAUGAAAAAACAAAAAAAAU